CGCCUCACCGCGCUCCUACGUUUUUCCUCUGCGCACGAUUUCUGGUGUCCCACUGUCUCACCCCCUUCGUGUCGACGUCGGAUCGGGGAGCGUAGGUCAGCUGACUGGAGACUCCGCAGGCACGCCGCUCCGACUCGGAGAGUCGCCCCACAGUUGCGCUCAAUCCACUCGCCGCGCCCGAGAGCCAGAGUCUACGUCGAGCUCCGAGUCGGCGACAUGCCCACUCCGAGCUCCAGCUUGCUCUGGACUGUCUCACAUCCCUCUGUCUCUCUCCUGCUCGCUUCCUCUUAUCGCUCCAUCUCCCCUCCCUCUCCUAACAUUCCGCGAUGUCCGGCAUCGCUCCCCCGCCGCCCGUGGUGCAGCGGCACCGCGUCUCGACCCACGACAACCCGUACGCGACUAACGGGCACGCGCCGGCGCCAGCGCCAGCGCCGCCCGCCCCCGCCCCCGCGAAGCCAAACCAUGCGCGGCUGACCUGGCACCGCGAUGUGCGGGAGUACCUGCCCUCCAUCCUCCGCCGCUUCCUCGGCUACAGAGAAGCAGGGACGAAAGCGCCGUUCGCGCCGCUGCCCUUCCCGCCGUUCUCGUGGAUCGCACGCUUGCCACUCAAGUACGAGGUGUGGCUGCUGUCGUUCGUCGGCUCGUUCGUGGGCAUCGCCCUCAUCGAGAUCGUGAUGAUCGCCGGCUUCCCAGAUGAAGGGAUGAUCAUGAUCGUGGCGAGUUUCGGCGCGAGCGCCGUCCUGUCCUUCGCGACGAUCGACUCGCCGCUCGCCCAGCCGCGCCACCUCGUCGGCGGGCAGGUCGUGAGCGCACUCGCCGGCGUAGCGGUCACCCGGCUCUUCCGGCACGCAAGCGGAUAUCGGCUCGACGAGACGACCGUGUCUGGCGGGCUUGGGCAUGUCGUGUGGAUCAAUGGCGCGCUCGCGAUGGCUGCCGCCCUCCUCGCCAUGCAAGUAACGGGGACGACGCAUCCUCCUGGCGGCGCGACAGCCCUCAUCGCAAGUGUCCUCCCCGCAGGCGUCGCCAUGUCCUGGCGUUUGGUGUACAUUGUCCUCAUCAGCGGGUUGCUAAUGCUCGGCUGGGCCAUGAUCAUAAACAACGUCGGCCGCCGCCGAUACCCCACCUAUUGGCUCUCGGGCGACGUCGUGUUCGUUAAAGCCACACACGACCGCGUUACGCGCGACGAGCUGCACAUGGCCGCUGUCGAGGGCCGCAGCGACGGCUUCGCGCAGAUGGACCGCAUCAUGUCCAAUCCUGUGCCAGAGGACGAGAAGCUCAGCCGGAGGAGCAUGGGAAGUCUGCGGAGCUUUGCAUCGCGCAGUCAGCGCGGCCGCACUCCGCGGAGCCGGUCGCCGACGACGCAGGACGCGAGCCGUAUGGCCGCCGUUGAGGGGCGUAAUGACAGGUUCGCGCAGAUGGACCGUGCAUUGUCGCAGUGAAGGUGUGUGGCGGAGGAGAAGCAGAGAUGUAUUAGACAAGAGAGUAUGUAGCCAUGCGAAGCUUGCUGCUGUGGGGUCUAGAUCCUGAUUGGGCUCGCAACCCGACAGCACCGUGCCAACAAUGCAUUGCAUCUACUGU